UUAUUGGUCUCUGAACAUGACUAUUAAGGGGCCUCGAAUAUUUACGAAUUUUAUCCAUAUUUUAAGCAAAAGAAGGAUAUCAAGUACUGAAAAUGUAUGUGCAACAAGAUUGUAUACCAGUAAAAUCCUGGGAAUAGAAACCUCGUGUGAUGACACCGGAUGCGCUAUUAUAGACGACAGUGGCCGAGUUUUAUCAGAUGUUUUACAUUCACAAAACCUUAUUCAUCUGCGAAAUGGAGGUAUCAUACCUGAUAUAGCACAAGAUCUCCAUAGGACUUACAUUGGGCCAACAGUUUCUAAAACUUUACAGCAGGCUUGUCUGUCUAUGGAAGACAUAUCAGCUGUAGCCGUUACAUUGAAACCUGGACUUCCCCUUAGCCUUGCUGUCGGUAUGAAAUAUGCCAAACAUUUGGCUCGACAAUAUGACAAACCCAUUAUACCCAUUCAUCACAUGGAAGCACAUGCCUUAGUUGCGAGAAUGGAACAUGACAUAGUAUUUCCAUUCUUAGUUUUACUCAUAUCUGGCGGACACUGCCUUUUAGCAAUUGUUAAGGAUGUCAAUAAUUUCCAAUUGUUAGGAGAGAGUAGAGAUUCUGCUCCUGGAGAGGUUUUUGAUAAGGUAGCUAGAAGAUUGAAGUUAAAAAACAUACCUGAAUAUUCUAAGUUGUGUGGAGGUGAGGCAAUAGAACGAGCAGCAAUGAAAAGUACAGAUCACAGUAUGUUUAAAUUACCUUUACCAUUGACUGAUCAUAAAGAUUGUAACUUUAGUUUUAAUGGUCUAAAAACAUCAGUCUUGUACCAUAUUCACAAAAAAGAAAAAGAACAUAAUAUAGUAGCUGAUAAAUUAAUACCAGAAGUGAAUGAGUUAUGUGCAUCUAUGCUAAAUGCAAUUACCAAACAUUUAAUACAUAGAACUCAAAGAGCUAUGGAAUUUUGUCAAAGGAAUAAACUUAUUCCAGAUAAUAAUAAACAGUUUAUUGUGUCUGGUGGUGUGGCCUGCAAUAAUUAUAUCUAUAACUGUUUAAAAACAUUAUGUGAAGAAACUGAAUAUAGCAUUUUCAGACCAAAUCCCAAGCUGUGUACGGAUAAUGGGCUUAUGAUAGCAUGGAAUGGAUUAGAAAAAUGGAAGAAAGGUUUAGAUAUAACCAAAGACUAUAAGUCUUUAGACAUAGAAGCUUGUAGUCCCCUGGGUACAACUUUAAUAGAAGAAGUAGCUAAAGCAAAAAUACCAAUAAAAUUAAUGAAGAUUAAAGUUUAAAAUGUGAUUGAUACUGUGAUA